CUGUUCAGCUUGGAGGAAGGUUGUAGUUACUGGAACCAGGGAUUGACAUGGAGAAUAUUUUUUGCAUCUACUAUUUCCGCUUUUACACUCAAUGCUUGUAUGAGUUGGUAUGAAAAUCAUCCUGGAAACAUGUCUUAUGAUGGCCUCCUGAACUUUGGCAGUUUUGACAACUUAAACUAUGAACUUCCAGAACUACUUAUAUUUGUUGUGAUGGGGGCUAUUGGAGGGCUGCUUGGGGCUUUCUUCAACUUUACCAACCACAAACUUACAGUUUUUAGAAUGAGGUACCUGAACACCCCUUGGUUGAAGGUAGCAGAAGUACUGGUAGUAUCUGCUGUCAGUGCCACCAUCCCUCUGUGCAUGGUCCUAUGGUCUACAACAGUGUGUCAACAUGGGGGACAACCCUACACCGUACCCCAUACAGAUGCAUUGCCAAGAUGGUGAAUAUAAUUCAUUGGCAUCACUCUGGAUUCAACUUCCUGAAACUACUGUCCGAUCAUUCUUUCAUGAUAUAAAUGGGACACAUAGAAUGACAUCUCUAAUACCAUUUGUCCAUUGUCUACUACAUCCUGUCUAUUUGGACAUACGGACUGACUGUGUCUGCGGGUCUGUUCAUCCCCUGUCUACUCACUGGAGCAG